GUCUGUAAAAAAAGAGAACCAUAUUACUUUCAUCAAAGCCUGAAUAAUGACAAAGUUAACGAUACUCCCGUGUCAUUAUAAUUAAGGUUAGAGGUAUUAUACGCUGAGCGUUAAAUAUAUUCUUCGUCUACACUUUCGAGCUUGCUCUAAAUAGCGUACUGGAAUCUCCUGGCGAUUCGAAACGCAUCUACGCAUUCCGUUCCGAGUGACAAGUACCUGGAAACCGAGACGCCAGUUAUCUCGUGGAUAAUUUUCGUAACUAGUCGUAAUAAUGCUAAUAAAGAUGUUUGUAUUCAAAGCAGCACACCGUGUAUUCAUUUAUGUAUCGGACAAAAAUAUAAAAAAAUAACAAUUAUAGAAAAUUUCAUAAAUAAAGUAAAUUAAGACAAUUUAUACGUUCGAACUAAUAGUUUCUUAACAUGUAACUGAAAGUAUUGUGAAAAUUUAAGUAUAAUUAUUAGAUUAUUAUACAGUUACAUCAUAGAUAAGUAAUAAUAAAAGACUAAUGUCACUAAUUUAUCUAAACGAUUACAAAAUUUAUCGAUAAUAUUAGCACAUGCGUCUAAGAAACCUUCAAAACCUUCGUUACCAAAAUGACUAUUGGAACAGCGAAUCGCAGCAAAAUAUUUGUAAGACGAUCUGAAAUCACUAAAAUCGCGGUGUUAUAUUACUUAUAUCGUUUCCUUUUUAUAGUAUGCAAGGCAUUACAUGCAGAUGGUUUAUUUCAUAUAAUUUGUAUGAUUGAAAUUUUGAUAUUUUCAUAUCAAUUUAUGGUUGUAAUUUUAAAUUAGAAAAAAGAAGUAUUAUUAUUUUAAAUAAAUAAUGUAUUUGAUAUUUGGAAUAGAAUUGCAAAAUGCAUCUCAUUUGAAUAACCUGUAUUUUUACUAAAAAAGCGAAACAUGUUAGAACAGAUAUUUUUAAAUUAAUGUUUGUAUUAGUGAAAAGAUUCUAUUGGUUUCUAUAUUAGGUGGUAGUGACAAAAUCCGUAAUCACUCAGUUGCCAACCCAAUAUAUAAAGUAAAAUAUUUCGGGCUGCUUUUGAAACAACGAUAUCCGAUGAUAUCGCAAUUAUUAAAGUACACUUUUACCGAAUGAUGUUCCCUUUCGUGAUUGUCUCGUUGACUAUCUUAAUUAGUAUGGCUUCAUUUUACAUGUGUAAGGCACACUCAACACGGAUAUGAAAAUCGAUUAAAUUAAUGACACAUGAUCGAGUACAAGAUAAACUGUAAGAUAUAAAUGAUCCAUGAUUAUUUCAUUUAAUACCGUUAAAUUCGUGUUAAGCACUUACAUUCUACAUAUAAAUAUUAUUGAAUAUUAUUUCCUUUGACAAAUCAAUGAAAUUUUUAACAUGAUGUACAAUAAACAUUAUUUCAUUGAGUACUUAUUUAAAACAAAUCUUGAUGUUGUAACAUAAAAUUAAUAACAGUCUUUAUCUUCUGGUUUUUUCAAAUCCUUCAAAAAGAUGACUCACCAUGGAACGUAUGGUUAUAUUUCUUUUUACUGUCCUCAAUCAGUCAUUCUCCUAUGUUACUGAAUACAUACACGUUUGUCACAGUCAUGUCUGGCAUACAUUUCUUUUACGAGUCAGUAGAACGAACAGAAAAUGCUGUCAGAAUUUUCCCUUUUAUCUCACGUGCGAUCUAACAUGAAUAACAUUUUUUGAAUUCUGCUUUCAUUAAAAAAAGGGAAAACAGAAAAAGAUACAUAUUUCUUGACCUUGAACUAUGCAAAUAUAUCUUAAUACAUUACCUACAUACGUAGUACGUAUGUAUGUAAACACUUAGUUACUUGGAGUUUUCUCAUGUAGUUGAAGUUUGACUCAGUGUACCAUGACUUAUUGUUAGUGCGCUCGGUUCUCACGCUUUUGUCGGUCUCUAAGCUGUAUUAACGCUGCAUAUUCAUUAAAUCACAUUCACAUAGAUUGUAAACUCAUUGCUCCGUAAAGUUAGGAGAAGCGUUCUUACCGGUACAAAAUAUUGUUAUCUCUUUCUUCCUUGGAGGAGAAGCUUGCCGUUAGUUCACCGGUCAAGAAUGUUAAAAGGAUAAAACGAAGAUCGUGUUACUUUUCAUUUCAUCUUUUUAUUCGCGAACGGUCUUACUCACUUAAGGUCGAACUAGACUGCUUCGAAGAGAUAUUUUUCAGUAACGACCGGUUUUACUGGCGAGGUAGUCGGCGAUUAAAGGAGCUCGGGCAUCCCUCCGUUCUCGUUGUUCACCGAGCUUCGGCUCCAAUCUGGCCGAUAACGAAGGAUGGUAAGCUCCCGUUCGCCUGGUGUAAAUGUCUCGCCAGCUAACAGCGUGGCUACAUCACGUGUCGUCGUGUCUGACAGUGACGUAGCUCGUGAUGGUGACGCCAUCUUACCGAGCACCCGCCAAUCAUAUCGCGUGGAGGACGAGGGUGGUCACGUAAACGGAGCUCCUGGUGCCGUCGAAUGGAGCCAAAGCGGUCCGCCCUCGCUUUCUAUGUCCGUCGACCUGCAUAAUCUCAUCAAUCCGAAUCUCCAAGACUCCGGGCAUUAUUCCGCUAGUCUCGAACACGCUGAUGCCUCUGCGUCAUCCUGUAACGUUAAAUCUGCGAAAAAUCACGAGGAAGAGGAAAGCUACGAGGCGUUUGGAGCCGUUGAGGGUGACGCUGAUGACGGGGUGGAAUCACCAGGUGGUAGCAGUUCUGCACCCUCACCUACAGGAAACAAUACUGUCAAAAAUCCAAGAAGCCCCAAUUCAACCAUAGGAAGGCAUUCUUGGCUACGAACGUCACUUAGACGAACUCCUCCGUGUUCCGGAAGGAAGAGACUUAGUUCCAAUGCAUUAGCAAGCCAACUUUAUCGAAGCGGCAGCUUCAAUAGCUCUGGUAGAGGCUCCAACUGUGAUCCCGCGGACGAUAUGUAUAGCGAUGUCUCCCUUGAGGAUGAUGUCAUUGAUCUCAAUCAUAGAGUUCAAAUGAUUCAAGAACAAAUGCAUGCUUUAGUAGACACUCAGUCGGUCGGGGAGGAACGGUAUGCUAGGGCAAAACAGGAAAAUGCUAUGUUACAAGCAAGAAUACUAAUGUUAGAAGAAGCUGCCAAAGAUGCUGAAACGAGGGCUGAAGAAAGACUUCAGGCGGAACAACGAAGACAUAGAGAAUGGGCAAGCCGUCUAGAACGCGAACGACAAUUGCAACUAGAAAACUAUGCCAUCAAAUUGCAAGCGAUAGAAUUAGAAGGAACUAAUUUAAGAGAUGAAAUAGGAAGGUUACGCGAACAACUCGAAAAGGUUAAGGGAGAGAAAAGUCGGUUAGAAAAUGAUCUCGAAGAGUCUAGGAGAGAAAUAGAUACCGUUCGCGAAAGUGAGCGACAAGCCAUAAGCCGGGCUAACGAAACUCACUAUCAACUUGAAGCUAUUAGAGAAGAACUUUCUAUGAAAGUCGAAGAUCAACAAAAAAUAGAGGAAUUAAUGCAAGAAGUGGCACAACUUCGGGCUCAUAAUAAAAGUUUGGAAGAAUCCCGAGAUGAAUUACAAGCUGCAGCGGCUCUGCAGGCAGGCCGUGAACUUUUAAUGUUAAACCCCUGUAAUAAUUCUACUGAAAAAGGACCUAGCCUCGCUGUAGAAUUAUUAGCUGGAAUGAACCAAGAUCAAAUGGACGAUCAGCUUCCUGAAGAUAAUGGUGGACUGUGUAGUAUAUCUGAAGUAAAACAAGCUUUAAAGGAGCAACAAGAGGUCAAUACACAAUUAAGGGCAUACAUUGAUGGGAUUUUAUUGAACAUAGUUGAAAACUAUCCGCAAUUACUAGAAGUGAAACAAACUCAUUGAACUAUUAUACAAAUAGACAGUUAUUGAAUUCAAUGUUAAUUGUUGAAGGCAGUUGUACAUUACUUUGUUGGAACUCUUUAUUAUUUAUAGAUUUAUACAAGCAACUUUGUCAUGGUUAUACACAAGUACCAUAUAGGAAAGCGAUUGCCGUCCAUGUGAACUUAAAAGUUUAAUAACGUGUUAUAAAUAUUGAAUUAACAAUUUUCACUGCCAUGUUACUAUUUCGGUCAUACAUUUUUAAUAUGAAAGGCAGUGAACAAAUUAAGAAGUUAAAAUAUGAAGUAGGAAAACAUGUAUAAAACUUAAUUAAAAAAUUACUGUAAGCUCUAUAUCGUCCGAAUUUUAAAAUUCGGGGCCUUGUAACGUUGCCUUUACAUAAACAGUAUAAAAUUA